UCUUCCACCGCCAAUUCAGCAACAAUGACCAAGCUAAACAUCAUUUUCGGCUUCGCUGCUGCUGCUGCACUGGCACUCACAUCUCUUGAUAGCGUCAAUGCUGCCAGUCUUCGUACUGUUGACACCAACGAGCGUCUCUUGUCCAGCUUCGACGCUAGUACCAGUGACAGCACCGAAGGCGAGCGCUUCCUUUUCGAGAUGGAAGGUAGCGAAAGCACGGAUGCAGAUUCAAGCGAGAGCUUUGACGGCGAACGUUUUCUCGUGGACGUUGAAGGUAGCGCAAGUGCUGAAGUGGACUCGAGCGACAGUACCGACGGUGAUCGAUUUCUAGUUGAAAUGGAGGGCAGUGACAGUGCAGCAGCCGACUCCAGUGAAAGCUUCGAUGGUGACCGAUUCCUGGUUGAGGAAGAAGGCAGUGAAAGCGCAGGGAACGACGAUGGCAGUGACAGUCUAGCAGGUGAACGCUUUCUUGUCGAAAUGAAAGGCAGCGAGAGUGCACUGGACGAUUCCAGCGAGAGCACAGAUGGCGAACGUUUCCUUCAGGAUAUUGAAGGAAGCGAGAGUGCCGACGAUGAAGGCAGCGCCAGCGUGGAUGGCAACCGUUUCUUAAGUGAGGUCGAGGGUAGCGAAAGUGCUGAGGUCGAUGGUAGCGAGAGUGCAGACGGCGAGCGUUUCUUGCAGGUGGUUGACGACAGUGAAAGUGCUGAAGUUGACGGCAGUACAAGUGCUGAAGCUGACGGCAGUGAGGCCGUCCCUUUCCUUCAGCGCUUCCUGACAGAGAUCGACGUUGAGGGCAGUGAAAGUGAUGAAGGUAGCGAGAGUGCUGCAGAUGAACGCUUCUUGGAGGAAGUUGAAGGCGAUGAGAGCACAGAAGAUAGUGGAAGCGCAUAAAAUGGUGGUUUCUUGGCCUGCUAGCUUCACUUUAAUGAACACCUUACGAUGCUUACACUAAUAUCAAACUGCUUGUUGCAAUGA